AUGACGUCGAGACGCGUUCGUCGGCGUCGAGUCGUCAACGAGGCUGACUGGCCCACGGAGGCCCUACGGCCGCAGGCCACGUUUCUUGCCAACCUGCCUGCGGAAAUCAUCGACAAUGUCGCCCCGUUCGUUUACUCGGAGCGCGACCUUGCCGCUUUGGCCGUCACAAGUCGUCGAAUGCACCAGAUCCUGAACCGUCGCCUCUAUCAAAUGAACGAUGGAAAUUCCCCUGAGAUUUGGCGGGAACACACUCGGAAAAUUCUCAACGACAAAGCGGUAUACGACUCUUUGGACGAAAUCGUGGAGCUUGAGAGUCAACUCUACGAUGGUCAUGCCUUGCUUUGGGCCGUUCGAGAAAACAGACCAGAGACUCUUAUGGCGAUGCAAGCCAUGGGAAUCAAAACCGACAGAUUUGGCGCCCUCCAGAGCGCUGCGAGGUCCGGCUUGAUGGCCGUCGUUAAAGUGCUCCUGAAGGAUCCAACCUGUCGCAUCAACUCCCAGGACUUUUAUUUUGACCUGAAAGAUGCUAGGCUCUUCCCGUGGCCUAUUUCAGCCCUGCACGCCGCUGCCUCAUCACAUAGAGUUGCGAUCGUUAGGCUGCUUCUCGAUAGGGGAGCCGAAGUGAACUCUGUCGCUCAGCACUAUCUUCACGGCACUCCCCUACACAUAGCCACAGAGGAGAACAAUGCGUACAUGGUGAGCUUUCUUCUGGGCCGCGGGGCGGAUCCGACUAUCAAAAACGCCUCUGGACAGACAGCACUCCACACCGCGGCGAAGCGCAACUAUCAUUCCAUCAUGCAGUUGCUGCUCGGACAUGGUGCCAGUCUUGGCCUUGUUGAUAAUGACGACCGCACAGCGCUUGACCUGGCAAUCGCAUCGGGCGCGGGAGACUGCGUCAAAGUCCUUCUCAGGCACGGAGCUCUGGAACGAGGCCAGUCCCAGGGCGCGUUCUUUGACGCCUUGGACCGCGGCCGGUUCAGAGUCGCGGAAGCUAUCUUUCAACACUUCCCCGGCAUCCAAUUUGAUCGUGUGGAUGAACAGGGUAACGGCCUUUAUGCCCUCAUUGUCGCCGUGACGGGUGACACAACAGGCAUGUAUGCCCUUCGAAGCCUCCUCGGUACCCUUCUGAAGAAGGGCGCGGAAAUUGAUGCAGAGGACACUUACGGGCGUACGGCUCUGCAUCACGCCUGCAUGCUGCGCCGCGGCGUGCCUGCUACCUUCCUGGUCAGGAAGGGUGCCGAUCUCAUGACGCCGGACAGGGACGGCAAAACGCCGCUCAGUAUCGCCAUGGAGUAUCACUAUGGUGAGAUCUUCAACACGAGCGCCAUAUUUGUAUCACAACAACUAACCUAG